CUUCACCUACCCCGCCAGUUUCGCUUGUGUGCUCUCUCACUCUUAAGCUUGCAUUUGUGUUAGUAUAGCGUGUAUAGCUUCCAUCGUGCAGCGUCAAGGUCAAACCCCAAACAGGAUGAAACCGGCCUUCAUCGUGUGUCUGGCGGCCAUCUUGGCGUUUUCGGCUGUGGUGGUCGAAGCGCGGUUGAGCAUCUGUUCCUCGACUGACGAGUGUCCACCGCGUUCUCAGUGCAUUCGGAAUAAGUGCUCUGACAAGUGUAGCACUAUGAGUGACUGCCGACCGGGCCUGGCGUGCAUCCUCGGUCGCUGCAAAGACCUGUGUCAGGACGCCUGCGGUAAGGCUGCGAUAUGCAACGUCAUACUCAACGAGGCUGUGUGUGUUUGCCCCGGAGGCCAUGCGGGAAACCCCCUAGAAGAGUGUGUCCCUGCUCUAGGCCGGAUCCCUUGUUGCAACAGGACCCCAGAACCCCCGACUGAGGCGAACGCUACGGGAUCUGAGCACAAGGAUGGAGUCCACUAAUUACCCUGUUGUUCCUUUUGUCCUUAAGUGAUUCUCAUACGUUAGUUGAUGUUUUAAAUUCUGAGGUGAAUAUUAUAGUAAUGUAAGCAUGUAUUGUUAUGUAAA